UCAUAACAUAUAUCUGAUAACGUAGACAACCUUAAUUCUUUGCCCUCGCUUAGAAUCUCCGCCGCCGUCAUCUCUAAAUAUACAACGCGUGCAUCAUUUUCCAUUGAAUCAACAAGUGAUACAAGUAAGAUUUUCCGAAGAAUUAUGUCCUCGAUCUCCGCCGGAGUCCUCUGUUGAGGAACAAGAUAACUAAAAUGUGAAGAGGAAGUAUAUAUUUUUCACUUUCAAGUUUUAACAAUCUUGUUUAAUUUUGGGUUUCGUCAAUACUUUUUCACACUGCUUCGUCUGGCAAAACAUCCAACGAGUCAAAGAGAUGGGUUCUUUUGAAGGUUUAAGAAUGGUGUAUAGAAAUCUACUAAAAGCAGUGGAAAAGCAUAUAGGGAAGGAAGAACACAAGGUUCAUUUCACUGACUUUAUAAGGGAAGAAUUCAGGAAGAACAGAAAUCUUGAAUACCCAAAAGACUCUUCUUUUGUCCAGCAACGAAUUAAGCUUGCUCAAAAUUAUACUUACCUUCUCAGCAGUGUCCACCAUCAUAAGGACCUAUUAUUUUCUUACAACAUUGCAGUGGAUAGAUCCAAUGAGAUGACGAAAGUGCUGGGUAAAUCUGCUGCAAGUGUGGGUCUCCGCCUUCCUGAUGUUUAUCAGUCUUGAAAGUUGUCUUCUUAAUUUUGCAGUGAUUCCAAAUUCCUAUUGGAUGUCUCAUUUCCAGCAAUGUGGUUGGGAUCUGAAAAUACUUUCUUUUUGAACCUCUAAGGAAUAGUUCAACCCAGUGCUACUAUGGCAAAUUGAGUUUAAGAGCACAGAUUGCUAGUUGGCUCAUUAAGAUAGAAUUUAAUGUUUUGGAAUCUGCAAUGCUUGUAAUCUUCUAUUUCUACGACUCACAGGCUUUUGUUUAUACUUGGGUGGUUGUAUUGGAUGGUGAAGUGAAAUUGAGUAAUCGGGGCGGUUUAUGGGAGUUUGGAUCUAUGAUGUUACUGGACAUUGUAAUGGUUCUUGUUCUGCAAAGAGCUCGAUGUAUCUUGGUUUGAAUGUGGACCUUUCUCUGAUAAUUAACCCUUGUGAAAUGUGAAUAGCUUUCUUGAAUGAGCUAUGAUCUUAUACACAAAUGAUGUAGUUACCUCUGUUAAGCAUCACUGCUUUACUAAUAGCAGUGGAUCAUUGGAAAUGAAAGUGAUCCCAACUCUGUCAACUUAUGUACUCCAAUUACUUUGCAAAUUUUAGGGGCCAUUUGCGUUGGAGAAAAUGUGUAAAAAUUAACCUUCCAUAUUCAUUCAUUUGUCACUUGUAUUUCUAUAUCAGUCUCUAUAUACUUUGACAUCUAAUAGUCCUUGAAAAAAAAGAAAAAAAGAAAAGAAAUUCAAUCAGGUCAGUAUUCAGUAAUAAUAUAGAACAAGCUUUUAAAUCCCUCUAUGAUACACAUUUUCUCACAUUCUUGGUA